GAGACGAAAUGUUGCGUACACCGCGCAAAGGCCCGUGUUGACUGAGAGACAUACUGUGCGGGGGAAAGAAAGAGAGAGAGAGAGAGAGGAGAGAGAGACGCAGAGAGAGACGAACCACCCGCUGUCAUUAGCCGCGUAGCUUCUCGCUCCUCUUGUCACGGAAUAACAGCGUCGAGCCUGUGCACACACACGUCGUCCAUUAACCCUGCGGUGUGUUGGGCCCGGGCAACACGGGUGACGACGUCCGUCACGAUUUUCGAAGUGGAAUAAAGUGAAAGCAUGGAAGUGAUCAGCGUCGGUGCUAGCACGCUAACUCCCCGCUAGCUCCCGCAACUCAGCUCGUCAACAAGUUUUGUCUGAUAUCAGUUGCAAAAUAAAACACAUGUGAAGCGUUUUGUGUCCGCAUUGAGCUCUUAGACCCCCUGUGUUGCCCCUAACGUGACCCAGUUGUUCUAUUGCUUUUGCAUGCCAGCGUUUUGGGCGAGAUAUCAAGAGUACAGUAAUGCAUGUUGCUAGCAUUGUAGCUGGCCGUGUAGCGUAGCGUGCUAAUGGCUACAAAAUAUAGAAAAGUCCCGACAACUGUUUUCAUUAUUAAAGUGUAACAGUGUUGCUUGUAUGGGUAUUUACUGCUCAGUGGUGCAUUAGCUUCACUGACUUAUUUAAAAUGAAUAGUUUGUCCGUGUAGAGAUCUUAAAAAUGUAAUACCGUUAGUUUGUAAACACCCAUGAAGUCCUGGUUUACUGAGACAAACAUACUACAAUAAAUGCGGAAUAUUGUCACAGAAAUGUACAAGCUGGGAGCAACAGUCAAAAGCAACAUGGUUUGCUCUCCACGUGAAGUUUCUGCAACGUUACUACGUGCGUGGACCAACAUCAUAGCAGAAGAUCCAGAUCUGUUUUAGGCAAAAAGCCACAAUGUUUGUGAAAGGUUUUGGAGAAAUACCCCAAUACGCCCAUGAGCCAUAAAGAGAUCUUGCAGGUGAUCCAAAGAGAAAGGCUUAAAGAAAUAAGAAGCGGAACCUCGCCGUUGGCAUGUCUUAAUGCAAUGCUGCACACAAACUCUCGUGGUGAGGAGGGGAUCUUCUAUAAAGUUCCAGGCAGAAUGGGGGUCUACACAUUGAAGAAGGACAUCUCGGACGUGGUGAAGGAGCUGUCUGAGGAGGACUCUGAGGAGAGCAGUGACAAUCUUUCGGACUCCCAAAGCACAGACAACAACAGCAGUACCAUCACUCAAGAGGAAAGGAGAGGAAGAUGGAUGCGAAGAGUUCCCUCCAAGCUGCAGUCACAGCCGUCCUCCCCGCAGCCUCGAUGCUCGUCGCCUUCUGUCCCCACCAGUAAACUCAUCUCUCCCUCGCAGAAACACAGCAAGAAAGCUUUGAAACAGGCCUUGAAGCAGCAGCAACAGAGAAACCAGCGCAGACAGGGGGGAAUGCCAACCACCUCCAGUCCCAGACUGCUUCUGAAAACCAUCAAAGAUAUGGCUGACAUUACUACAAAUCCUGAGUUAUGCCACCCAGUCGUCCCAAGGAAGGUUUCCCAGAGGUCAGGCCGCCUUAGUGCAGGGCAGCUGAAACGUACCAAGUGUAAAAUAGAUGUGGAAACACCAGACUCCAUUUUGGUUAACACCAAUCUGCGGGCAAUCAUCAACAAGCAUACCUUCUCUGUCCUGCCCCCAGACUGCCAACAGAGGCUGCUCAAACUUCUGCCUGAAGUUGACCGGCAGGCCUGCAUGGACGGCCUGCUGAAGGUCACUAGUUCUGCCUUAAACAAUGAGUUCUUCACUUCAGCAGCACAGUCUUGGAAGGAAAGGCUGGCCGAGGGAGAGUUCACUCCUGAGUUGCAGUUACGAAUGCGCCAAGAAAUUGAAAAGGAAAAGAAAGUCGAGCACUGGAAGGAGGCCUUCUUUGAAAACUAUUAUGGUGAAAAUUCUGGGCUCAGCUUUGAGGAAUCCAAAGAGCUGACAAAAGCUGAUCUGAAUCAGGAGUCUGCCAGGCCCCAGUCCCCGACUCAUCAGACAGGACCUGCCGCUCAAGCACCGGAGGAUCCCAAGGGCACCAAGGACAGCAGCCAGACUGAUGCUGCAGCCACCGCUGUGAAAAACAUGAAGCCAACACAGGAGCCUCUGAAGGCACCGACAGCUCAGAAAGAGCUCAUCUUCACCACAGAGCCCAUGAAGACACGGCGCUCACAGUACGCUGAGGAUCGUAAGCUGAACACAACAACGCAGUCUGCUCCAACACCUGCAGCGACAACACCUGAGGUUGUGAGACUGACCGAACGGGCCGUCGUAGGAACGCUGCCUGAAAAGGAGCAUAAAGAGGAAGUGAAGGAGGAGAAAACAGAGCUUCCCCAGUCACCUGUGAAGAAGAGCCAUCCACCAAAGGCUAGUUCAGAGUUAAAAGAAGAUCAGCCAGCAUCUGUGCUUAAGCCUGCUGAGGAGAGCGAACAGGUCAUCUCUGAACCCACUGGCCCCUCUGAGCCGGUGAAAAGGAAAUCUGUCAGUGAGAUAGAGGGUGAAUUGACACCAGAGAAAAGGCCCCGUAUGUCCUCAAUUUCCUCUGUGUCUUCAGUCUCCUCCGUAUCUCCUCCAGCAUCAUCCACAUCCAGCCCUCCUACACCAUCUCCAACAACAAAUCAGAGGGUUCCACCUCUCAAGAUCUCAGUGUCACGAAUUCUUCCCGUUCCACUGUCACCUAGCCAAGUCUCACCUAGGACUCCCCUCCCGGCCCCGCUUAGCAGCCCAGGCCGCACUGGUGCUCGUACUUUGGCUGACAUCAAAGCCAAAGCCCAGCUUGCCAGAGCGCAGCGAGCAGCAGCUGCCGCAGUAUCAUCUGCUUCAAAGGGAUCGGUGCCAGGCCCAGGGCCAGGGGGAGGCAGUGGUGAGCAGACACAGCCAUCGCCCAGCCCCAGCCCAACUUCCCCACAAGCAUCAACCAGGUUACCAGCCUCCGACAGCAGCAGCGGUCAGACCACUACACCUCCUUCUCGCCCAUUUGACUCUUCUGGUCAGCUAAGCCCAAACCAGUCUCAAACAUUUUUCUCUAGCAUAACUGACGACAAACACAAAGCUCCCUCUGCUGGUACUGUCAGUGCAGGACUCCAUAGCGCUCAAAAGAGUUCAAACACAUCGAUGCAACCCACUCCUUCAUCUGUGCACGCUCUGAAGGUACAAGAAAGCCCAUCACCAGCUGGAUCAUCAACCAGGACCAGCUCCUGUAUCCCUGCAAACAACCCGCUGGUCACUCAGCUUCUGCAGGGCAAAGAGGUUCCGUUGGAGCAGAUCCUCCCAAAACCGCUAUCCAAGGUGGAAGUGAAGAUGUCAAACUUACCCUCUGGUAGCAAGGGGAAGACGUCACACUCUGCUGAGCAUAGGGUUGAUAAGCAGAUGUCCCACCAGUUCAAUACAGCAGGACGAGCAGGAGUUUUCUCAGAAUACACAAGACAUCACAGAGAACUUCCUGAUAAGGAGACUCAGGAGCAGAUCCUACAGGCUCUUAUGCAGAGGAAAGUGCAGCAGAGCCAACCUUACGGCGGUAUGGGACCUCAGCACCCUCAGUACAAGGUCCAUCAGCUGGUGCAUGCAGAAGAACGUCAGGACCAAUCCAGGAUUUCAGUUGGAUUUCUUGGUCGUAAGAGGAUGCCCAGGCCUGCCAUGACAGGACAUUACCUGCUGAAUGUGUCCACAUACGGCCGAGGACCAGAGAGCAGGAGACUGCACCAGUCUGCCAUCCCAAACACUUCUGUGUCCAGUUUAAAAAGGGAAAGCACAGAAGGAGAGGAGGUGGCCAAGGAAGAAGAACCAGUCAGGAAAGUCUUCUCUCCUGUUUCUGGGGUUAAGACAGAGCAGCAGGUAUACUCAAUAACUAAAUCUGAUGAAGCAGGAAGCGUUCAACUUUGGUCCAAUGUAAAGACUGAGCCUGGAUCAGAGGAUAGUGUAGCUGGUGCCGAUAACAACAGCAUCAGCGCGACAGCCAAAGACACCAGCCCUUUUUUACAGUCACACCGAAGGCACCUCGAACUCUGCAAUAGUAAUCAAGGAAACUCCGAGCCAUAUCUUACCCAAGUGGACCCCAGUCACCAGCGGCCGUCUGCCUUUCAACCCCAGAGAACACUCGAUAAUCAGGAACCCGUGGCAGCAUCGUGCUACGGUGGCACUAUCAGCAUGUCUGUACCUCACACUUUGAACCACAGCACUGCAGGCACCGGCUCUUCCACUGUCUCAUCGGAGGCUGACAGCAGCGGCGUCCACGGGAGCGUCAUGUCUUUCUCAGUGACUGUCACCACCAUACCCGCCGGUCACUCGUUAGAACACGGCAACCAGGGCGAGCCCUCACCUGAACAGACGUUCAUCGAGGGCUCCAACAUGGAGGACGUCCAGUCUAAAUGCUACUGCCGACUGAAGGCUAUGAUCAUGUGCAAAGGAUGUGGCGCCUUCUGCCAUGACGACUGCAUCGGCCCCUCGAAACUCUGUGUGUCAUGUUUAGUUGUACGAUGAUAUGAAAUUAAUAAUAAUUAGAGGAUAUGGUUUGAUUUGCAUUGAAGCGGGGCACAAAGCAGAGCCAGGUCAUACAGAAUCAGUACAGAAUCAGCGCUCGGGUGAAGCACAUUAGUCGUGCUCCAGACAAAACAACCAGCAUGUGGUCACUGUUGGAAAGGCAAGGAUUUACACUGGAUGGGUUUCACCAACAUCUAUGGAACGUUGUUUUGUGCAAUUUUAUGGUAGAAAUGUUUCAAUCAAAUCAGUAGUCUGUCAGAUGUGUGACAAAUAUAAAAUCUGGCAAUGUUUGCACUCGCCUAGGAUUAGUUUGAUAUAUUUUUUUAAAUAUAUAUGUGUGUGUGUGUGUGUGUAGUUUUUAAAAAAGGAGGGAAAAUGAAUGUUGUUAUUUUUGUAGAACAUAAUGACUGUUGUUGUGUUUUAGACUGACACUUUUUAUUAUUGGGCCUAAUCAGUUAUGGUUAACGGCAAAAAAAAGGGCGCUAAUGAUAAUCAUUGGUUGUAGAGUACCUCCUACUUUGCAUUUAUGCACGCAUGGCAGGGAAGUGCAACUUACAGUAACUAUUUUAUAUAAAAACUGUACAUUUAUUACUGAGCACACUCAGAUUCAAGAACUAGAAAGAGCAUGUAUAGUUUUAGAAAGAGAAUACAAAAGGAAUUUUGAAUGAUACUGAUUGCUCAUCACAUAAUUUUUUGACUAGCAGUUACAGAGCGAAGCACUUGAAACCACCUGGAUAUAUGGUAGUAACUGUGUACAGCACUUACAUUCAAAAUAUAGGGAGAAAGAAGAAUCAUUUAUAUAUAUAAAAAAUGCCUAUAUGUUGCUUUUGACAAAUUGAGAUCUUUUCCAUUCCAGGUCAAGGUCUAGAGUCACUUCCUACUGUGUGAACCUGCAUUUUCUCCCCAAAAAGCCAGUUUGUAGAUAUUGUGUCCCGUGAGGUGGAUUUUCUCAUGCUUGUAUAUCUGUAUAGAUAGAUCAGCAGUGGCAAACGGUAAAAAAAACACUCAAGGCAAGGGGAGAAAAUGAAGAUAAUUUUGUUUUUUCACUGUAAAUAUUAUGCUCAUUUACAGUAUAUGCCUAGAUGUAGAAAUGUAUUUUAUUUUAUUCAUGUGGCACACCUUGCUUCAGCAUAUCCAGCUGUUUAUUACUUAAUUAUUAUUACUGUGGAAAGAAGAAAACAGAGAAGAACAGUAAGUUAUGCUAAAACGCUAAAUGCUUUAUCUCAGAAUGAUUCAGCAUAGUAUGCUUCAGUUUUACAAAAUGAUUUGGAGGUACAAUAUGACACUGAUUAACAGGCAGGUGUAACACUUCACUUUAAAAUGGCCUUUUUCCAGAGAAUUUAGAGCGUUAUCCACCGUUUAAAUGUGAUAUGAAGUAUUGUGAGCACAAAAUAAUACUGUAUCAUGUUUAUAUAAUGUACAAUAAUGUAUAUGUGUGAUGUUCAGGGAUGGGCCAGCACAUUUGUGGUGUGAACACUGUGUUGUAACUGCGUUAUGAUGAUGUUAACACAGUAAAAAUUUUUAUUUUACCACAUAUUAACAUGCAAAAAAAAAAAGGCCAGUGUGAAGAGUUACCUCAGCAGGUUCUUUGGGUGUUCAUGCUGAUUGCAAAUUAAGACGCAUCAACUAUAUUUUGAAAUUUCCUGGAAGUGCAAAGUAGGCCUGUUUUAUAGCAAUUAUUUCCAAGGUAAUAUGCCAAAGUCACCUUAAAGAAAACAAAAUAAUCAGAACUUGUUUUUAAUGUCUGACUAGUUAAUCAAAGUAAUAUAUUUUAAUUAAUAUAUUUUAAUAUAAAAAAAAAUCUAUUUGCUAAUUGUUUUUAAAAAUCAACAGGGUAUUUACUAUAAUAAUAUAUUGGCUGUCCGUUUUUUCCUAUGAUUUUGUCUAGACUGGACAGACCACCAUACAGAAAAUAACUUGACUUUUUAUAAUUCAAAUUGCCCAGGUAUCAAUAUUCUGUAUGGCCCAGGUUUUUUCAAUGGAUCUAUUGGUCUAUAUUUUUCCAUAGAGAUGUUGUCUAAUAUGUGUAUCCUGUUAGCUGUCUACAUUUGUGUCAUUACCUUAUGAAAAGAAAAAGAAAAGUUUUUAAAGCACCGUUUUUAGAUCAGUGGAUUAAUCAAAGUCCAUUUUUAAAUGUAUUUGUUAUUAAAUGGGGGUUGUGUCUUGUGGAAAAUUGGUUUUAAGAUUGUAGGGCUAGAGUCAGAAGCGGUUUCCACAAACCUAGCAUAGUCAUUUCACUAAAACUGGCGUACCAGUAUUUGAUUCUGUUAACACAAAUUUAAUUUAUCCCCCAUAAA